UACAAAGAGAGAGAGAGAGGUCUUCUUCAUCCAAACUAUGUUUGGUUCUUAAGGUUUUUGUUCAUUCUCAUCAUUUAUAUGUAAAUAAAAUCUAAGAGGAGGAAAAGAGAGAGAGAGAGAGAGAGAGAGAGAGAGAGAGAGAGAGAGAGAGAGGAAAUCUCCACUGAGGUUCAUUCAUUUGAAGGUUGAACUAUAUAUAAAUAUAAAGAGAGAGGGAGGAAUGAAUUAUUACAGCAAGCAUCUGACUUGAGUUCCCUUCACUUGACAAGAUCUGCUGCAGGUUAAUAAUUAAUUUUGUGAAAGGAAGAGCAUGGGGAGAGGGAAGAUUGUGAUCCGUCGGAUCGAUAAUUCGACAAGUAGGCAAGUGACUUUCUCUAAGAGGAGGAAUGGUUUACUCAAAAAGGCGAAAGAGCUUGCCAUUCUUUGCGAUGCCGAUAUCGGUCUUAUCGUCUUCUCUAGCACCGGCAGGCUCUAUGAUUACUCUAGCACCAAGAUGAGCGUGCAAGUACGUAGAAGUAUUAACUCCCAUCUCAUCAUGAAGUCAAUUAUUGAUCGAUAUAACAAGGCCAAAGAAGUGCAUAAUCAAGAGUUGAGCUUGAGUUCAGAAAUUAAGUUUUGGCAAAAGGAGGCAACGAGCUUGAGGCAACAACUUCAUAACUUGCAAGAAACUCAUCGACAAUUGCUGGGCGAAGACCUUCUCGGUUUAACUGUCAAAGAUCUACAAAGCAUAGAGAAUCAACUUGAAAUAAGUCUUCGAAAUGUUCGAACAAAAAAGGAACAAGUCUUGACUGAAGAAAUCAACGAACUAAACCGAAAGGGGAAACUAAUUCAACAAGAAAAUAUGGAACUUUACAAGAAGGUACAGUUUGUGUGCCAGGAAAGCAUGGGAUUACAAAACAAGGUUUAUGCAGUAUGGGGAUCAAAUGUAGGAGUAAUUACUAGAGGCUCAAUGAUUCCAUGUGCAUUCAGUAUCACUGAAGAUGCUCAUGUGCCAGUUCAUCUUGAACUGAGCCAACCUCAACCUCAACCUCAAAAACAUGGACAAGAACAAACCGAUAUUUCACAAAUGACGGCUCCGAAGCUUAGACUUCAACUGCAAUGUGAUGGUGCUCUUCCACUAUGAGAAGGUGUUGUGCAAACUUGCAUUAAUUAAUUUGUAUUUGAUUUGAAUUUGCUGAAGGAACUAUGUAUUAAUUUGUUUGUGUGUUUAAGGCUUGUGUUGUAAUGAAAUUGAAAAUUAUGUGAAACUCUAGGAGGAAGAACUCAGUUGCAUGCAUGGUUAAAAAUUAACUUGUCUUAUG